UUGAAGGCAAAAACUGGGUUUAUUUACCUUCAUACCCAGUGCCUGGAAUAUAUAAGUUAUUGAGAAAAUGGAGAGAAUGAAGAGACUUGUCACCUAGUUUGGACACUCACACUAGUCGCUGCACCCUGAGUUCACCCUGCUCCCUUGUCUCCAGGGUUGCUUCACUUGACACCAAGGCCGCUCCUUGUAUGGUCUCGGCGUUGCGCUCUCCCCGCCCCCUCCCUCCUCCCUCUGCUCUACGUCCCUCCCCCGCCUGGCUGGAGGCGGCUCGGGACCCGGCAGAGUCCGCGGACCCGGCGCCCAAGCGGCCACCCGAGACGCGGCGCAUACGCUCCGGUCCGCGGUGAGCAGCCCGGCCUGGCCAUGGCGGCCCCCCGCCCGUCUCCCGCGAUCUCCGUCUCGGUCUCGGCUCCGGCUUUUUACGCCCCGCAGAAGAAGUUCGCCCCGGUGGUGGCCCCAAAGCCCAAAGUGAAUCCUUUCCGGCCCGGAGACAGCGAGCCUCUCCCGGCCGCCGGGGCCCAGCGCGCACAGAUGGGCCGGGUGGGCGAGAUCCCCCUGCCGCCCCCGGAAGACUUUCCCUUACCCCCACCUCCCCUCCUUGGGGAUGGCGACGAUGCGGAGGGCACCCUGGGAGGUGCCUUUCCACCGCCCCCUCCCCCGAUCGAGGAACCGUUUCCCCCUGCACCUCUGGAGGAGGAGAUCUUUCCUUCCCCGCCGCCUCCGCUGGAGGAGGAGGGAGGGCAUGAGGCCCCCAGUCCCCUCCCACCACAGCCCAGGGAGAAGGUGAGCAGUAUUGAUCUGGAGAUAGACUCUUUGUCCUCGCUGCUGGAUGACAUGACCAGGAAUGAUCCCUUCAAAGCCCGGGUGUCAUCUGGAUAUGUACCCCCACCGGUCACCACUCCAUUCAUUUCCAAGACCAGUACUAAGCCUGCAACUGGGGGCACAGCACCCCUGCCUCCUUGGAAGGCCCCCUCCAGCCCCCAGCCUGUGCCCCAGGCUCAGCCUCCUAGCCAGGCACUGUUCCAUGUACAGCCCCAGCCCCAGCCCGCAGCCAAACCUCAGGUCCAGCUCCAUGUCCAGCCCCAGCCCCAGCCUGUGCCUUUGGCUAACAGUCAGCCUCGAGGUCCCCCAGCCCCACCUCCAGCCCCUAAGUUUUCUCCAAUGACUCCCAAGUUUACUCCUGUGGCUUCUAAGUUCAGCCCUGGAGCCCCAGGUGGACCCGGGUCACAGCCCAGUCAAAAACUGGGGCCCCCUCAAGCUCCCUCUUCCACUGGCACAGGCUCCCCUCAGUCCCCCAGCUUCACCUAUGCUCAGCAGAGGGAGAAGCCCCGAGUGCAAGAGAAGCAGCACCCAGUGCCCCCACCGGCUCAGAACCAAAACCAGGUGCGCUCCCCUGGGGCUCCAGGACCUCUGACUCUGAAGGAGGUGGAAGAGCUGGAACAGCUGACCCAGCAGCUGAUGGAGGACAUGGAACAUCCUCAGAAGCAGAACGUGGCCGUCAGUGAGUCCUGUGGCCGGUGUCACCAGCCCCUGGCACGUGCACAGCCUGCAGUUCGUGCUCUGGGGCAGCUGUUCCACAUCACCUGCUUUACCUGUCACCAGUGUGAGCAUCAGCUGCAAGGACAGCAGUUCUACAGCCUGGAGGGGGCGCCCUACUGUGAGGGCUGCUAUACUGACACCCUGGAGAAGUGCAACACCUGUGGGCAGCCCAUCACUGACCGCAUGCUGAGGGCCACAGGCAAAGCCUACCACCCGCAGUGCUUCACCUGUGUGGUCUGUGCCUGCCCCCUGGAGGGUACCUCCUUCAUUGUGGACCAGGCCAACCGGCCCCACUGCGUCCCUGACUACCACAAGCAGUACGCGCCCAGGUGCUCUGUCUGUGCUGAGCCCAUCAUGCCUGAGCCUGGCCGCGAGGAGACUGUGCGCGUGGUCGCUCUGGAUAAGAACUUUCACAUGAAGUGCUACAAGUGUGAGGACUGUGGGAAGGCGCUGUCCAUUGAGGCGGACGACAAUGGCUGCUUCCCCCUGGACGGCCACGUGCUCUGCCGGAAGUGCCACACUGCCAGAGCCCAGACCUGAGUGAGGGUUGGCCCUUUUCCACCGCGAGUCCAUUCCCCAUCCGUGGACCACCCACACUGAAACCACCCGGCUCUUCACUUGCCCUGCCCCCUCCACUAUUUUUGAUGUCUAGCCCUUCCCUCCAUUCCAAAACCCACCCAGUAUCCCCGUCCUGGAUCCAGGGCCCCCGACAGGCCUAGCCUGCAGAGUCCCAGCCCGGGGUUUCCUGUCCUCCCCACCAUCCUCCAGGUACCCCACCUGAGAUGGCACCAGGUUGAGCACUGCUGCUUUCACUGCUGCACCAAUGCCCCCAGCUGCUGGCCCAUGAGCAGCCUCUACUCCGCUUUCUUAGGGCCAGGAGCCACCCUGACCCUCGGGGAGGCUGGGCUGGGCUGGGCUGACUGGCCUGCACGUUCCCACCCACCCCCGGGCGGCCAGGUUGUGGCUGUAGCUACAAAUAAAAAACAUUGUUUUCCAGAA